GGGGCCGGAGUGUUGGGUGGCCCCGGGACCCGAGAAGCGGGGCAAGAAGCGGGAGCCGGACCGGGAUGAGAAGGUGACGCCGCUGGAGGGCGCCACUCUCUUUGUGGGGGGGAAGAUGCUGGCCUACUGCGUGCAGGACGCCACGGUGGUGGAUGUGGAGAAGCGGAGGAACCCCUCCAAGCACUACGAAUGGCCCUUGAAAGGCAUUACUUCACCUGCAUCUGCAGUUGGGGCUGGGGCUGCAGACCUUCCCCGGAUGUUACGCCCAUCACAGAAGCCAGGUGUACAUCAUCAAUGUGACCUGGUCCGACUCCACAUCCCAGACCAUCUACCGGAGGUACAGCAAGUUCUUUGACCUGCAGGCUUUGGUGGUGAGUCACCUUGGAGAGACCAGGCCUGCAUGUUUGCCCUUAAGUACCUGACUAUCCCAUUGUCCUUAUCACUCUACCAAUGAGAUGAGUCAAAGAUGCAGCUUUUGGAUAAGUUUCCCAUUGAAGGUGGCCAGAAGGACCCCAAGCAGAGAAUCAUCCCCUUCCUUCCAGGCAAAAUCCUCUUCCGGAGAAGCCACAUCCGGGACGUAGCUGUGAAGAGGCUGAAGCCCAUCGACGAGUACUGCCGGGCACUUGUCCGACUGCCUCCCCACAUUUCACAGUGUGAUGAAGUCUUUCGGUUCUUUGAGGCCCGACCAGAGGAUGUCAACCCCCCAAAAGAGGACUAUGGCAGUUCCAAGAGGAAAUCAGUGUGGCUCUCCAGCUGGGCUGAGUCUCCCAAGAAGGACGUGACAGGUGCCGACACCAACACCGAGCCCAUGAUCCUGGAACAGUACGUGGUGGUGUCCAACUAUAAGAAGCAGGAGAACUCGGAGCUGAGCCUGCAGGCUGGGGAGGUGGUGGAUGUCAUCGAGAAGAACGAGAGCGGCUGGUGGUUUGUGAGCACCUCUGAGGAGCAGGGCUGGGUCCCUGCCACCUACCUGGAGGCCCAGAAUGGUACUCGGGAUGACUCAGACAUCAACACCUCCAAGACUGGGGAAGUGUCCAAGAGACGCAAGGCCCAUCUGCGGCGUCUGGAUCGCCGGUGGACCCUGGGCGGGAUGGUCAACAGGCAGCACAGCCGAGAGGAGAAGUACGUCACUGUACAGCCUUACACCAGCCAGAGCAAGGACGAGAUUGGCUUUGAGAAGGGCGUCACUGUGGAAGUGAUCCGGAAGAACUUGGAGGGCUGGUGGUACAUCAGGUACCUGGGCAAAGAGGGCUGGGCGCCAGCGUCCUACCUGAAGAAAGCCAAGGACGACCUGCCAGCACGCAAGAAGAAUCUGGCAGGCCCAGUGGAGAUCAUCGGGAACAUCAUGGAGAUCAGCAACCUGCUGAACAAGAAGGCGUCGGGGGAUAAGGAGACUCCACCGGCCGAAGGAGAGGGCCCUGAGGUCCCCAUCGCCAAGAAGGAGAUCAGCCUGCCCAUCCUGUGCAAUGCCUCCAAUGGCAGCGCUCUGGGCGUCCCUGAGAGGAGUGUCUCCAAGCUGGCCCAGGGCUCGCCAGCCGUGGCCAGGAUUGCCCCUCAGAGGGCCCAGAUCAGCUCCCCGAACCUAAGGACAAGGCCUCCACCUCGCAGAGAAUCCAGCCUGGGGUUCCAGCUGCCGAAGCCACCAGAGCCCCCUUCUGUUGAGGUGGAGUAUUACACCAUUGCUGAAUUCCAGUCCUGCAUCUCUGACGGCAUCAGCUUUCGGGGUGGACAGAAGGCAGAGGUCAUCGAUAAGAACUCGGGUGGCUGGUGGUACGUCCAGAUCGGUGAGAAGGAGGGCUGGGCCCCCGCGUCGUACAUCGAUAAGCGCAAGAAGCCCAACCUCAGCCGCCGCACGAGCACACUGACCCGGCCCAAGGUACCGCCCCCCGCCCCCCCCAGCAAGCCCAAGGAGGCCGAGGAGGGUCCAGUGGGCUCUGGGGAGAGCCAGGACUCCCCGCUGAAGCUCAAGUAUGAGGAGCCUGAAUAUGACAUCCCUGCCUUCGGCUUCGACUCAGAGCCAGAGCUGAGCGAGGAACCCACGGAGGACAGCGGCUCGGGGGAGCGGCGGCCCGCCCAGCCCCGUAGGCCCUCACCGGCCUCCUCACUGCAGCGGGCCCGCUUCAGGGUGGGCGGCUCUUCAGAGGACGUGGCCCUGGAGGAGGAGACCAUCUAUGAGAACGAGGGCUUCCGGCCGUGUGUCGAGGAUGCCCUGUCAGCCAGACGCUCCUCCCGGGACAGUGACUCCCCGGGGGGCUCCCCUCUGUCCCUUGCUAGAAAAAACUCCCCCAAAUCAGAUUCUCCCAAAUCGUCAUCGCUCCUAAAGCUCAAGGCAGAGAAGAACGCCCAGGCAGAACUGGGGAAAAACCACUCCUCUGCCUCCUUUUCUUCAUCCAUCACCAUCAACACCACCUGCUCUUCCUCCUCUUCCUCCUCCUCCCUGUCCAAGAACAGUGGUGACCUGAAGCCCCGUUCUGCCUCGGACGCAGGCAUCCGUGGCACGCCCACGGUUGGGGCGAAGAGGGACGCCGACCUAAAGGCUGGGCUGACCUCGUGCACCCGGGCUAAGCCGUCGGUCCGGCCCAAGCCGUUCCUGAGCCGAGCAGAGUCCCAGAGUCAAGAGAAGAUGGACAUCAGCACUUUACGGCGCCAGCUGAGACCCACAGGCCAGCUCCGGGGAGGUCUCAAGGGCUCAAAGAGCGAGGAUUCAGAGCUUCCCCCUCAGACGGCCUUUGAAAGUCCCAGUGAGGGGUGCAGGAGAGGCUCCGCUGACCUCAUUACCCCCCCAGCCGCCACACCCCCGUGUCCCACCAAGAAGGGACGAGAAGGGCAGGCCGCCUCCUACACGACAUGUAGUGCCUACCAGAAGGUCCAGGACUCAGAGAUCAGCUUCCCCGCAGGCGUGGAGGUACAGGUGCUCGAGAAGCUGGAAAGCGGCUGGUGGUACGUGAGGUUUGGGGAGCUAGAGGGCUGGGCCCCUUCCCACUAUCUGGUGCUCGGCGAGAACGAGCAAUCCGACUCCUCUGGCAAAGAGCCAGACACAGUGAGCGCCCAAAGCAAGCAGAACGAGGGCAAGUCAGACAGCCUGGAGAAGAUCGAGAAGCGGGUCCAAGCACUGAACACCGUCAACCAGAACAAGAGGGCCACGCCGCCCAUCCCCUCCAAGCCUCCCGGGGGCUUCGGCAAGACCUCGGCCGCCGGGGCAGUGAAGAUGAGGAACGGGGUGCGGCAGGUGGCAGUGAGGCCUCAGUCGGUGUUUGUGUCCCCGCCACCCAAGGACAACAACCUGUCCUGCGCCCUGCGUAGGAACGAGUCGCUUACUGCCACCGACGGCCUCCGGGGUGUCCGCCGGAACUCCUCCUUCAGCACCGCCCGCUCGGCUGCCGCAGACGCCAAGGGCCGCCUGGCCGAACGGGCCGCCGGCCAGGGCUCAGACGCGCCUCUGCUGCCCGCCCAGCGCAACGGCAUUCCCGUGUCCCCCGUGCGCCCCAAGCCCAUUGAGAAGUCCCAGUUCAUCCACAACAACCUCAAAGACGUCUAUGUCUCCAUCGCGGACUAUGAGGGGGAUGAGGAGACAGCAGGCUUCCAGGAGGGUGUGUCCAUGGAGGUCCUGGAGAGGAACCCCAACGGCUGGUGGUACUGCCAGAUCCUGGAUGGCGCAAAGCCCUUCAAAGGCUGGGUGCCCUCCAACUACCUGGAGAAAAAGAACUAACAUGGGGCGUGGGUCCUUCCAGCCUGGUGCGGGUGAGCAGUGAGAUGAAGACAAAGGGGAAAGGGAAAAUGGGAGGGGUGGGGGGGGACAACGUUAAACCCUGCAGAAUGCGUGACCUCAGAGAUGCUCCCCUCCAGGCUGUCCCCCAGCUGGCAGGUAAGGUCCGGCGGGGGCCCACGUUGAGCAGGGAAGGGAACGGGCAGGGGAGCAGCGGGCCUGGGACCAGAGGCAAGAAAGCUGAGCCCUACGUGGGCACCUUGGUGAUUUGGCUGACGGACCUGGCACCAUUUGGGACAGGCCACGAGGGAAAUUCCAAUUGUGCCUUGGCUGCAAAUCCGGAAAAGAUGUGGUCGCAGGGACCUCCUGUGCCCUGCCCCUGCCCAGCUUGGUUUCUGCCGCUGGCACCUUGCCAUCGGAGGCGGUCCUUGUGUUUGCCAAUUGUGCUGGUCUCCCGGGGAUUGCCACCACCUGCCACGGGCGCGUGUGCUAGAAGACCCCACUGGCUCUGGGGCUUGGAAGCAUCUCUUGGGAGCCCAGCCUGUCCCUGGGCCAGGCCACCGUCAAUGUCUGUUCGUUGAAGAAAAAGCAGUUCCCCGAGUGCCAGCAAGGACCACCUUUCUUACCUGUCGCUGUUCCCUGGCCUCGAGAAGAGUCCGCCCUGCCCUGGGCGCCCCACAGAGGACCGCCAACCCCAGAGUUUACAGAGAGGGUGGGUGCAGCCAUCAGUCUCUUCACCAUCUGCACAGACUUUAUUUUGGGUAUUGCUGGGUGGGCAGCUCUUUUGCAUGUUUUGGGAGAGGUUUAUUGAUUUGGGGCUUCAAUGUCAGGCCUUGGGUUUUGGUCUUAUUUUAGGGGUUGUUUGGGGGCCCAAGGGCAGUCGGCCUCACAGGGGACAGAAUGAGUAGCGGAUGGGGCUUUUCUGUCGUAACUUUUGCGGGGAGGUUGGCGGUUUUGGGCUUUCACUUCCUUUCCCUUCACAAGCCAAAGUCCUUUCGUUUGGUUUCCCCUGUUGCGGACGGCACCCUAGUGCGGCGCCUGCCGGAGGGCCCGGGGGCUGAAGCCCCAGUCCCAGACACGGCAAAGCAGAGACGUCUCAGUGGGGCAGGACCCUCCCCAGGAGGGAGGAGCAGGUUGUCCAGGAGAAAAGGCAGCUCUCAGGCUGCCGGGUGGCCACCAUUCUGCACAUGUUCUCCCGUCUGGGCAGGACCAGAACCCUUACGUGUGAACUGUGGAGAAGCACCCAUCGCCCCCGCUGAGGGCUGAGGGGACCCCGGAUGGGCAGCCACCACCGGCCGUUCCCCCGCCUACGUGCGAUGCCACAGGUACCAGAGGACCCCUGGCCGGGAGCCGACCUGGUCUUCCCAAGGGGCGGCGCCCCCCACGAAGAGAGGAGAGAAUAAAGUCCCUGUCAACCUUGGGUUGUGUCUUUCAGUCGUUGACGUUUCCGAGGGGACCCUCCGGAAGCCUUGGCUUCCCCAGGGACUCCCCCCCUUUGCUGGGAGUGGAAUCCCACACGUGCCUUUGAUUGCGGACGGACUGGGCUCCACAGCCACCAGCUCAGCUGCCAGAGGCCUGGACUAAGGGUUGGUGGUUUCUACAGAGGAGGAAAGGCCUCCCUCUACCCCUGCUCCCCACCCAGGCAGUGUAUGUUGCCCGAAGAUCAGCAUGGGACGCUGUGUCUCGUGCCUUCAGCACCCCACCCGCCCCCUAGACCCUUGAGGCCUCGCCUGGGGAUCUCCCCAGCCUCCUCGCUGGCCGUGCACUCAUGCCUGGCAGCUACAGCAAACUGCUCGUGUUCUUUGUGGAAGGGCCGCGGUGAGAUUUUGUUUCCUUUUGUUUUGUUUGUGAGUUUAAAAUUGAAAUUCGUUCUUUUCUUCUGCUGGACAGUAUUAAAUAGAGUAGGAUAUUGAGUUAAUCUGCUAGGUUGCAGUACUAAUGGUAGUGGUUUAGUGUCUUCAUAUUAAUAUUAUUUGGACUUAUUUGAACAAUAAUGAUAAAGAAGUGGUUCAUUAUUUUUUAAUUAAUGCACUUUAAUAAGGUGGAAUGGGAAGAAACCCAGAGAGCAAAGUGCAUUACUUAAAGAUGCAGUAUAUACUUUUCUCAUUUUUAAGCAGCACAUAUUUAUUAAAAGAAAAAAAAAGUAAUUUAUGAUUAUUUAAAAUAAAAUUUAAAAGUAGAGUGACUAUUGGGUGAAAGGACCUUCCAUGUAGCUGUCUUCCAAGGGGGGGGCCCCAGCGGCCUCGCUCCUCCAAUGUCUGCACUGAGCCAGUUCAGUCAGUAACGUGCCAGCCAGGCCAGGAAGGAGUGCAGGACGCAUCUGCCGAACACAGAGCAUCUCAGUUGGACUGGACCACAGUGUUCCCCAGAGCCUGCCUUUCCCUGCCCUUCCUCACGGUCUGCACUGCCCCUUGGGGCUCUCCAGCACCUGUGGGGCCCACAUUCUCCACCCUCCCCCAGGACCCUCUCUCCUCGAUCCCCAGUGCUCUAAGUGAUAGUCAUUAAAAGUGGCCUUGGAAGUCACUCCAUCCCAUCCCCUUCUGUUACUGCAGCCCAAGGGCAGGAAAUUACUUUUCCUGAAAUCAUGUAGCUAGUUAACGGCAGACCACCCCACUGCAUUAAUCCUUGCGCUCCCUCCCACCCCCAUUGGAGUUUAUUGUGUGGUCAUCAUGUUUACAUUGUGACAUCCAGCCCCCUAAGGAUGGCUGGGAGUUGCUCAGGCAUCUAGGAAACGUGGGGAAUGCUGCCACCUGGUGACAGCAUGUAGAUUUGGGCAGUGAACAGGGAUUGCCAUGCCCCAUCUUCGCACCUCACCCCUCACCAUCACCCCCUGACUCAACACAGCACAAACCCUGCAAACCCAAAGAGAAUAUUAAUACUUGAAGCACGAAGGGUGCAUGCCAGUCCCUCUCAGACAUGGCCGGGGGAUGCCAGGGCUCGUGCCCCUGGACUCCUGAGCCCCACCUAGGGCAAGGGGGCUUUUCCCUAGAGCUACUGAGCUGCUUUGUGAUGUUGGAGGGUACCGCAGCAGGUGGAGGAGGGAGGGGCCUGUGGCUCUGACCCAUCUGGAGGAAAACCAGAUCGGACUAAAAAAGGAAAAAGGAAAAUGAAAUCUCAGCAGUGUCCAAACCCAGUUUUCCAUUAAUUGCGAUUGAAAAUGUGAAAUGGCGUUGUAUUGCUGUAUACUGCACCUUUAAUCCUAAUGAGCCCUUCUGAGGUCAUUAUUGAGGUUUGUAUAAUGCCCGAAGAUGCAUCAUUUGGUGCUUUUUCUUUCCGUUUAAAGACCUUUUUUCUUUCAUUACAAGGGGAAAAAAUGUCUUCAUCUCUCUCCCACUUUGAAACAGCGGGCCUGGCCGGGCUCCCUAGCCCUGCCACGCUGUUGCCACUAGGCCAGGGGCCCCCUGGGGGCAGCAGGAGGGGGCCGGAAGGGGCGACUCUGAACGGCGAGUGAGCCAUCUGCCCCUGGCUGAACCCAGGUUCUGCCUUGCCAGCCGUGGCCCUCCACCCCUCGCCUGGCCCCAGAGGCUUCUCUUUCUUACUCUCGAGUCUCCAUCUUGACGAAGGCAUUAUAUAGAAUCGUUUUAAUCACUUUCAGAUGUUAGAGCAGCAUAUUUUACUGGCAUUUAUAUCCAUCGCUUUCCUCAGCAAGGCAUGUUACUACUUUUAUCGUCUAAGGAAGAAAGACAAGGGAAUUUCGGUUGAACAUUAUUUUCAUAUUACUAGUAUUUGCAGAGUAGGUGUAGAACUAUUUAAGUCUAGCCCUCGGUUUGGUAGUUUGUUUUAAGGGAAAAAAAAUGAAAGUAGCCCCUACUUUUCCUGUGUUUGUUUUGUUUUGUUGUUUUGGGUUUGUUUUUUUUUUUUGUAUUUAACUAAUAUAUUAUUUCUUUAAGGUUACUCACUUCCCCUACCCCUCCAAAUACUUUGCAUUCUCAAUCGAAAAUGAAAACAAUCUGAGAGACAGGAAAAGUGCAAUAUUAUCAAGAGGGACGCCAGGGCUUGUUGGGACAGUGGCGGGAGACCCGGUGGCCCGUUCGUCCAUAGGAGGCGGCAGGGCUGCUGGAAGGAGUUAAGCUGUGGAGCAGACAGGUGACCUUCUGGAUAUUGAUCUUUUAUACCCGCCCCCCCCCCCUUCCUGGCAGGAUGGCAGGGGUCCCUACCGGAGGGCAGCCCCUUUUUCUGUUGGGUGUUAUCCACCCAGAAGGGAUUCAGGGACAGGCCGCUCAGGGCCCCAGCCCUCGGAGCAGAGCAAGGACAUCCGGGAACGGUCCCUUGUUUUCAUUUCCAUUGUUUUUCAGCCAGCUGCCCAGAAAGACCUGUCCUAAAAAUCACUCCCAGCAGCCCUCUCUCACCCCAGUCUCCUGAUGUUUGGGCCGUGAUCUUUCUGAUGUAUGUUUGAGUCUUUCUAAAACUAUGUAACCUCAGUUCAGUUUAUGGGCAGGAACCCUAGAUGUAACCAAAUCCUUUUUUGGGGACGUGGGUGCCUUGAGCCCUAUGUACCCCAGUGAGACACCAAUUCCCACAAGCCUACAGCUAGGCCUGGUGCUGAGCUUGGGCCACCCAUUCAUCUCAAUGACUUCAGCCCGAGGAGUGAGCCCGGCCUCUUGCUCAACACCCCGACAGUUCCCAGAGGGCCUCAGAGAAGUGUCUGAGGGGCCUACUCAGGUCUUUGUAGACAGCUCCCCACAACAGGUACCAAGCGGGCCUCCUCCUUACUUGGCACUGGUAGAGAAAGCAGCAGGAUGGGAAGUCUCUGGGUCCAAGCCCUUGGAGCUCUGCCCUUCAGGGCUCCAGGGACAUCCUCACUGGCUUGUCCCCUCCGUCUCCAGUACUGUAUGCUUGCUGCUCCAACCCCUCUGUUGGGUGAAUUCCUGUACAAACAUGGAUCUGUGUGCCCAGAGUGGGACCGUGCCCCUGUGUGUGGGUGUCUCUCCUUGGAGUAUACACAUUUGUAUGUCCAAUCUUUGAGAAUCUCGAUGCAGAGCUCUCUGGAAAGAGAACCACCCACAUUACUUAAUCUUAAAGAAUUAAGAUUCCCUCACUUUUUUGAGGGCUGUGUGUUGAGAGUGAGUGUGUGUGCAUGUGCGUAUGUGUGUGUGUCCAUGAGCACACACGUGUGAGUGUUGGUAAUUUCCCACUUGAACUAAAUAACAAGGGGUUAGAGAACAAAUACCGGGCAAGCUGUCUCCAUUUUACAAGUCCUUGGCAUUGGGCAGGACCCACGGGACUCACAGCUUCUGGCAGCAAGUGUGUGUUACUCACACACGUAAUUCUGGCUGGAGAGUGCAAUGUGUCUUUUUUUUUUUUUUUUUUUUGGUAAUUAUUUUAUUAUUUUGUUGGAAACUUCACACUGGCAUUAACAGAUCUAGCAGAAGCAGCCUAGGCCAUCAUCCCGGGCUCCAAAAUGAAGAUGUGGACGCGAGAAGUCACUGGGUGUGGAAGCACUGAGAUGGUUGAACUGGGUCACCCGCCACCUGCGGAUGGGUGGUCUAGCAGGCCGACCCCACCCACUGCCAUGCAUAUCAUCACCGUGGGAGGGAGUUCUCCAUGGUAAGAGCUUCUGGCCCUCAGUUCUCGUGUUUCUGAGGGUGGUCAGGCUGCUGGGGCCAGAGCAUGCUCGUGGUAGUCAGCAGACCUGCAUAUGCACUUGCACCAGACUGCAGGCCCCAACUGAACACAUCACAGGAACAGUGUGACGGCUCCUCCUCGACCUUACUGAGCUUUUUGCCUAAAUCAUGAACCACCCUCAGUGGUUCUCAGUUCUAUGGCCAGAGACAGUGGCAGGAUGAGGUUACUGACCUACAGCCUUGGUUUCAGGAAAUCAGCCCCAGUAAUUUUAGCUUCCCUCCUGUUUUGUUCUGUGCACCUAGGUCUGCAGCCAGAAGUUGGGUUCAUUGGUGCUUACAGACUGGGUGGAGGGCUCUACCUUCUAAGACCGUGAUCCCAACCUGCCUAUAAGGUUGGGGUUACCAUGCAAUCUCCCUUCCCCAAUCCUGUCUUUUUAAUCUUGGGUUUGCACUUGACCUUGACAAUCAGUCCCCUCUCCCAUCCCAGUCCUAGAACUCAGUGGCCUUAGAGAAUGGUUUCUGAGCCGAAGGUCCCUCCUUUGUUCCCAGUUCCACCCUGGCUAAUGGGCUGGGACCUCAGGGGGCGAGGGGCAGGGAGAGAGCAUGCGAGAAAAUGGUUUUAAAGCAGAAGGAUGGCUCGAGCAUGUUGGAGGCAAGCGAGAGGCAUGUUGGUGAGAUGAAUGUGUGCAUGUUUGGAAUGGCUGGGGCUUACCAUCCCUUCCCGGGAAGGCGGCUUCCAGAAGAGGAUGUCUUCUAGGCAGAAAGGGAAAAGUGUGAGAAUGCUGACAGAGUUUGGAGUCUGGAGUUUAGUCUUCAUUCAAAAGAAGGAAGAAGUCAAUUCUGAGUGUUUCAGGAGGAAGAGAGCAGGUACAGAGGGAAUUUACUGAUUCAAUACCCAAGGGUCCAGUCAGAGUAGGUUGGAAAAGCCCUAAGAUUUGGCCACAGAAGCAGCUAGCCCGAGGAAACCGCUACCUGCUGGGACACAAACUGGGUCCCCAGCACAUUCUUAAUGAACAGUCACUGAUUUACGUAGUGGAGACAGGAAGUCGCUAGCAAAAAGCCAGUCUUUGAGUUUGGAGGCUCUGGCUCGAGAACAUUCAUCCAUUUCCCAGGUUCCCAGCUGGUUUUGCCCACAUCCCUUUGUCCAAUCCAGAGGUGGCCUCUCAAACUGCUCAAAUUGGUUAGAGACCAGUGACUGUAAUGGGUUGUACAGUAAGGACCCACCACCCCACGAAACUGGAACCUCAGGGUCCAGACACUAUCAAGCAUGUCUGGAAGGAAGGCAGCCUCAUUUCUUUGGUUAACACCAGUUAUUCUGGAGUGUCUCUGAUGUUACCUGUGGCUACUCGGUCUGCUGAGCCUGCCUUGCAGGUGUGACUUAGAAGACAGGGUGCAGUGCGCACUCAAACGUGGAUAUGCCCUUUCAUUCUCAGUGGCCUGUGACCAAGGCACAUUUCCAUAAGCGCUUACUUCAGAGAGAGAAGAGUAAACAGCCACCAUUCUUGGAUCUGCAACUUGUUCUCUGCAACAAGUUUUCUUUAAAUGCAGGACACAAGAUGAGAACAGGGUUUCACGAACAGUAGUACGGAGAGGUCUGCGGGAAGGUGACUUCUGAGUGAAGAUGUGAGUGGCAGGUCCUUGGAGGGUGGUUUGUGGACUGCAUGGUUGCAUGUGAACUGCUGGGUGUCUCUGGGGCUCCAGAACUUUGGGGGAUUCUUCAUGGUCUCCACUUAGCCCCUCCCAGCUCCUAGUGGGCUCUGUGGGGUCAGGAGAAGGUUGUGCCCUCUUCUGCCCUCAGCAGAGAAACUGAAGAAAAGGACAUUGAAUUCAGUGCAGUCAAUUUGAGUGCUAAAAAAUUUCCAGGAUCAAUGGUGGUGCUAAACUAUCUCCAUGUUUCUAAUAUUUUUAAUAGUGGGAUUUUUUUUUUAAUUGUUCUCAUCACAAAAAUGCAGUGUCCUUGGGGAAGGGAUCCAGCCCCUUGGCCUGCCACUUUCCGGGUGUCCUUUAUCAUUGUUGACGGGACUCUUUGGUCUGCAGAAAAUACUCUGUCUUGGCAUGCUUCUAGACUGUAAGAUUUGGGUUGUUUUGUUUUGUAUUUUGUUUAUGUUUACAUGCAUCUUGUAUUUCCCUGAAAACUAAAUAAAGUUUUUGGCCUUUUUAACUGAA